CUGUAUACUUACGUUAUAUAGUCUAUCUUGUUUUCAUUUGACUCAUCCUAAUAUAAUAUCAAAAGAAUGCGAUUUAAUUAAUUUUUUUUUUUUUAUAUAUUUUGGUGAAUAAAUUUUAAGUUAAUUCUUUAAUUAACAUUGAUCGUAAUUAAUUAAGAUAACGAUAGUCAAUUCAUUAUUUUUGAGUGUUUAAAUCAAAAUUUAUAUAAAAUUACGGAAAAAUGCGCGUGUUAUCACUGAUUUUCCUUUGGUUGUUGUAUCUGUCAAUUUGCGAUGGAUAUCGUUUGCUCGGACUAUUUCCUUUUCAAAGCAAAAGUCAUUUCGCUAUGGCCGAACAACUGAUAAAGGGCCUGGCUCGGAAGGGCCAUCAGAUCGACGUGGUCAGCAGUUUUCCGUUGAAGAAGCCUUAUCCAAAUUACACCGAUAUCGUGACAGUGCCAAUAACUAUUGAGUUGGUGAACAAAAUUUCCUAUGAAAUAAUGAAGCGCUCUUUCAGUGUAAAUCCGACGUACGCUAUUGGGACGGGAGCAGGUAACGAUCUCUGCAAACUUUUAGAAAAUCCAAAAAUAAAAGAGUUGGCGCAGCCAAAAAAUCCACCUUACGAUGCAGUGAUAAUGGAGGUUUUUGCCGCUCAAUGUUUCGGUAUCAUCGCCCACUUAUUGAAAAUUCCAAUGAUCGGGAUUGUUCCCAUAGGAAUGCUGCACCCAUGGCUACCUCACAUAAUUGGUCAACCUGAGAAUCUGGCCUUCGUGUCGAAUGACAAUUUAACCGCCCCUUUAAGUUUCGGGAAACGUCUAUGUAAUGUCUUGUGCACGCUUCACAACAAGUGGUAUUUCGAUUACUUGACGACACAGGUACAAGACAGGUUGAUAAGGAAGAACUUCGGACCGGACAUGCCGAGUGUACGAGAAUUGGAGAGAAAGUUGUCGCUGAUCCUUAUCAAUUCUCAUAUCACGCUGCAUGGGAUACAGCCGAGGACACCUGCCGUGGUGGACGUGGGAGGCCUUCACGUCCAGACCGAGAACGAAACGUUGCAACCCGAACUAAAGAAAUGGAUGGACGACAGCAAAAAUGGUUUCAUAUAUUUCACUUUUGGCUCGAUGAUGAUGAUCGAGACGUUUCCACGCGAGUUCCUGAAGGUCCUUUACGCCUCCUUAGGCAAAAUAGCACCCGUGCGGGUUUUAAUGAAGAUACCAUUUCCAGAGAAAUUGCCACCCGGUUUGCCCAAAAAUAUUUAUAUAUCUUCUUGGCUGCCGCAGAUUAUGAUAUUAAAACAUUCUAAUGUAAAACUCUUUAUCACUCAUGGCGGACUCAUGAGUAUGCAAGAAGCGAUAUCGUGCGGUGUCCCAAUGAUCGGUAUACCGCUUUUCUUCGAUCAAUUUAAUAACAUCAAUGCAUGCGUCGCCAAAAACAUUGCCAUACGACUGGACGUCGAUACAAUUACCGAAAAAAGCAUGGAUGCGGCCUUAAAUGCAAUAUUAAAAGACCCUCUGUACAGGGAAAAUGCGCGGAAUCUAUCUCAACGAUUCCUCGAUCGACCAAUGAAUGCUAUUAACACAGCUACUUAUUGGAUCGAGUACGUCAUCAGGUACGGCGAAAAUUCUCUGCGUUCGCCCGCGGUGGAUAUGACCUGGUGGCAAUUGUCUCUCGUCGACGUGUUCGGAUUUCUCCUGCUUUGCGCAACAAUCGUUAUCAUUGUAGUAGUAUUCAUUGCGCAAUUCAUGUUGAAGUUGAUACACAAAGAUACUACUACAUUAUAUUCAAGAAAGUUAAAAACAAAUUAAUCAUUAAUUAUUAAAAAUUGUGUUGCACAUUUUGCUUUUUAUAAUAUUUAUUGUAUAUUUCUGCACAGAAAUUUAUCAAAGAAAAGAUAAUUAUAUGUCUUACUUAAUAAAAAUAUUAAUGAGGGAUAUAAUAAAGGAGAUUCGCAUUUGUAUCGAUGCAUAAAUCGCACUUCGAUAUUCUCUAACAAAUAUUUAUUAAACGUAAUAUAAUUUUUCGAUAGAUUCUUUUUAUUAUAAAUCAUGCUCUAAGUAAUAAAUAUCUUUUAACACAGUCUAAACUAUUAA